AUGCCUGAACCAAAGACAGAACAACGCCAGUAUCCAUCGUCCAUAAAAGACAAGUUCAUCGGAGCCGUGCUCACGGGUACAACAGUCGCCAAAGCGGCCCGGGUUUUCCACAUCCAUGACAGCGCAGCACGGUACAUCUGGAAAAAGUACAAGACAACGGGUUCGACAGAGAAUCUCCCCCGGUCGGGACGUCCACACAAGCUUGACGAUACUGCGGAGCGUCAUAUCAUACGCAUUGCCCGAAGGGAGCGGAGAACACCUUUUACCAACAUCGGAAACCAACUCCCAUCACCAGUCUCGGGGUCAACUGUUCGAAGGGUUCUGCGCAACGCAGGAUACUUCCGCCGGGUAGCGCGCAAGGUUCCCUACCUGAAGAAGGUUCAUAAGCGUGCACGACUCACAUGGGCUCACCUCUAUUGUGACUUCACGCCCCGCCAUUGGAGGAAGAUCAUGUGGACCGACGAAUGCUAUAUUUAUCUCGGCGACAAUCAUGGACGCGUUUACAUCACACGGCGCGCGGAUGAAAAAUACCUCGAUGAAUGCCUUGUUGCGACCUUCAAGCAGUCGCCAGUGAGAGUAAUGGUGUGGGGUUGCGUAAUGGAGGGUCAAAAAGGGCCGCUUGUUGUGUUGGAGUACCCAGGAGGCAAAGGUGGAGGAAUGAACACUGCCCGGUAUUGCGAGCAAGUGCUGGAGGGGGCUCUGAGGGGCUUCUAUAGAGAGAUGAGGACCGAGAGAGGCCAGGUAAUUUUCCAGCAGGACAAUGCACCAGCACAUACCAGCAAACUAACGAAACGAUGGCUCACUCAUCAUGGCAUCACACAGCUCUAUCACCCUCCCAACUCUCCGGACCUCUCCCCAAUUGAGCCUAUUUGGCACGAACUCAAGCAAAUUAUACGAAGAAGGCCACAUCAUCCCACAUCCGUAGAAGAACUCCGUUUGGCUGUUAUCGAAGCCUGGGAGCAGAUACCGAUCGAUCAUCUACGCCUCCACCACCAGCCCUUCCGACUCUUCACAACUCCCACCGCCUCAAAAGCGAUAGGGGAGUCCAUUCCACCUUUAAUCUAUGGCGGAGCGUCGCCGAACAACGCCCUUUUGUACUUCGGCUUCAACAACGAAGCAACGAGAAGGAUCAGUGAGUCCAGAUGCGCUGCACUCUCACAAUCCCUGCUCAUCGGGAGUCCUUCAGUUACCGGAAUAGCUGAAGCUGUCGGGUUGCAAGACAACAAUGCUCGUGACAAUUUCACUCGCGCUAUCGCCAGCCUUAGCUAUUGUCUGUGGCUUCCUCACCUCCAUCUGCUGCCGCUCUUGUUGUUGAAUCUCCUUGCCAUGGACUCUUCCCAGAAAUUUCUAUUGUCCCGACUCAACACCCCGUUCUGGAGGCCGCCUGUGUCGGAUUCCAAAGCAAUGACAUUCAGUGAGCCUGAAACCUCUAGUAAUCACGCUGUUACCGCUCUCAAGACAUAUCGACCAUGA